GGUUCUGGAAAAAAACAAAUCGAAGAAGAAGAACAGUUGAACUCGGCGGAAAAACAGACAAGCUAGCAAAGAUAAUGACGUAACCUGCCGGUGACUCGGAUGCUGUUGUGGAGAAAGUUCGGCCCAAAGAUGAGUUCGUUCGCGGGUCGAAUGAAGGAGUAUCCCAACAUUUCUCUGGACCGGUUCGACCGGGAGAACCUACAUGCCCAGGCAUAUUUCCUCUCUCACUGCCAUAAAGAUCACAUGAAAGGGCUAAAAGGUCCGUUGCUGAAGAGAAAACUCCAGUUCAGCCGAACAGUCAGACUCUACUGCUCGUUCGUGACCAAAGAGCUGCUGCUCAACAACCCAAAGUACGCUUUCUGGGAGGAAUACACCGUUCCUCUGGAGCUGGAGAGCCCAACUCAGAUUUCCCUGGUGGACGAAGCAUCAGGAGAGAAGCAGGAGAUCGUGGUGACUUUGCUUCCUGCAGGUCACUGUCCUGGAUCAGUCAUGUUCCUGUUUGAGGGUUGCCAUGGAAACGUGUUGUACACAGGUGACUUCAGGUUGGCUGUUGGAGACGCAUCCAGGAUGGAGCAGCUGCACUCGGGCAGCAGGGUCAAAGACAUUCAGAGCGUUUACCUGGACUCCACCUUCUACGACCCGCGCUUCUACCAGAUACCCAGUAGGGAGGUGUGCCUGAGAGGAAUCGCAGAGCUGAUAGGAAACUGGAUCAGUCAGAGCCGGUACCACGUGGUGUGGCUGAACUGCAAAGCUGCGUAUGGAUACGAGUAUCUGUUCACCAACCUGGGAGAAGAGUUCAGCACACAGGUCCACGUCAACAGUCUGAACAUGUUUAAGAAGAUGCCGGAGAUCCUGAGCUACGUGACCACGGACCGCCGGUGUCAGAUCCACGCCUGUCGCCACCCAAAGGAUGAGGAGUUUCUCCAGGGGAACCGGCUGCCGUGUGGCAGCACGGCGGCUGACGGGACGCCUCUGCGCAUCAUCAGCAUCAAACCGUCCACCAUGUGGUUCGGAGAGAGAACCAAGAAGACCAACGUUGUAAUAAAAACGGGAGCCAGCUCCUACCGAGCCUGUUUCAGCUUCCACUCCUCCUACUCUGAGAUUAAAGACUUCCUGUCGUACCUUCAGCCCGUUAACAUCCUGCCAAGCGUCGUCCCGAUCGGUCGCUCGCUGACUGAAGUCACUCACAUGUUGAGGAUGAUGAGCAGGAAACGAUCUGAUGAAACGAUGUUUAUCUACAAACCUCUGGGAGUCCUGAAGCGUAGCAGAGUGCAGCGGCCGUCUAACAACUCUGAGAGCGACAACGAGCUGUUUGAAGGUUUGGACCUGGUACCACCGAGGAAGAAGAUCAGCAUGAACCAGGAGGCAGAAAAAGAGGAGCUAACGGAGAGAGUGGCGCCCCCUGUGGCCGGCGAGGAACCGCAGGUUGCCUCUGACAUGCAGCCUGUGGGACUGAACUUCAUGGACUGCACCGAGUCCAACGGCGAAGAGGAGGACGACAAUGAGGAGGAGGAGGGACAGGGAGACACGGUGAAGAACAAAGGCCCCAAAUGGGAGGACUUCUUCACCCCAGAGGUUCUGAGUGACAGCCAGAACAGCCAAUCCCAGUCCUGCUGCUCCGUCAGAAGCACAUCCCCAUCCAGAGCAACUGGAUCACAGACGCCAGAGCUGUUCAGCGAGGAAGAGGAAACUCCCGACAACAACGAAGGUUUCAGCCUGACUCUGUCGGCAUCCAACCACUCCUCUCAGAACCUGGACUCACAUUUAGACGACACACUGAUCCUCCAUCAGGACCAGAACCAGACCUCUGAUGGUGUGACGCUCCAGUCAGAGCAGGAGCAGCUGUCAGCGUCGCAGACCUCAUCAGACUUCGACAUUCCCAGUACGCCGGAGUCGAAGGCGCCGCAAACCGCCGACUUGUUGCACCUGUACAGGAAGUUGGCUUCAAGGGAGGAAGUGGUCCUCAGAGAAGAAGGUCAGGGCUUUUCAUGAGAGACGAGCAUCAGUUACAAAUGAGGAAAUGUUUAGUUAAAUAAAGUAAGUUUGCACUAAAUUUUAAAAGGAGACCAAAAGCAGCUGCGAUGUUUUCAUGCUGCUGCAGACCUCGGCACCUCCGACCCACCUGCACAUCAACACCAGCAUUCCUUCUUCUGUGGUUUCCUCUGCUUCCUGUCGGGGUAAAAGUGGAUCAACUGCUCCGAACCCUGAGACUUUUCUUUAUGAAGCUGCAAUAAAUCUUUACUUUCAACUAAA